AUGAAUGAAGCAACAAAUAUUAAGAUUUAUAAACCAGAGAGUAGUACAAGCAGAGAAGAUUCAGUAUCAAAAAACAAACAGAAUGAUGUUGGGCUAUGGGGUGAUUUAAGUAAAGGUGAGAUUUUAUACUGGGUAGAAAAAGGUCCGUCAGAAUCUCAGCACUCACAUGGCUCAUUUACAAAAUCAAGGAAGCUUUUUGCAAACCAAGACAUAUAUUGCUCAAAAGGCUUGUUCUAUCCCAAACGGGCUAAUGGUGAAAAAUAUUGCAGAGAAUGGUUAGUAUAUUCGCCAGCAACUGGUCGUGUAUAUUGUUUCGUGUGUAAACUCUUUUCAAAUUCUUCUACACCAUUAUCAUCCGAUGGAUUUUGUGAUUGGCGUAACACCUAUUUAGUUCAAAGUCAUGAAAACUCUGUAGACCGUAGAACAGCUUCGGUAACAUAUCUUACAAGAAGACGUGGCUCAACAAUUGACUGCCAACUAGCAGAACAGAUAAAUAAUAAACGGCAGUACUGGAAAAAUGGUCUUGAACGAGUUGUGGCAAUCAUAAUUACUAUGGCAGAGCGUGGUUUACCUUUCAGAGGAGAUAAAGAAACAUUUGGUUCUCCUCACAGUGGCAAUUUCCUUGGAUUACUCGAACUUAUAGCAAAAUUUAUUCCUUUUCUAGCAACCCAUAUAAAAAACUUUGGGAAUAAAGGAUCAGGUGUCACAUCUUAUCUUUCUAAAACAAUAUGUGAUGAAUUUAUCCAAAUUAUGGCACAUAAAGUAAGAGACUCAACCUUGGAUAAUUUAAGAACUUCAGGAUAUUUCAGUUUAUCUGUAGAUUCUACUCCAGACCGGUCCCAUAUUGAUCAGCUCACUGUUAUUGUGAGGUAUGUUUCACCAGAUGAUGGGCUCCCUAUCGAACAUUUUCUAACUUUCCUAGAGAUGGGUAGCCACACAGGGGAAAGUAUGGCUAAGAUGGUGCACAACUACCUUACAAAUGAGUGUAAAAUAGAUUUUAGUAAGUGUCGAGGCCAGUCAUAUGAUAAUGCUGUCAAUAUGUCUGGCAAAUACAAGGGUAUACAAGAAAUAAUAUUGAAGAUUAACAAGUAUGCUAUGUAUAUUCCAUGUACUGGUCAUUCCCUGAAUUUUGUUGGUAGAGCAGCAGCUGACUGUUGUUUAGAUGCAGUAAACGUUUUUGGAAUUGUUCAAGAAAUAUAUAAUUUCUUUUCAUCAUCUACACAUAGAUGGGCAGUACUGUUGUCUUUCUUCAAAGAUGAUUCAAUAGUUCCAAAGUCUUUGUCAAAGACUAGAUGGGAAGCACAUUCAAUGGCCACAAGUGCAAUACUUGAUAGUUAUGAUGGAAUAAUUUCUGCAUUGCAUCAGCUGCAUAUUGAUACUACAGAGAAAGGCGAAACAAGAAAUCAAGCCAUAAACAUUUUGAAUAAAAUGGAGGAGUUUGAAUUUAUGGUUAUGUUAUAUUUAUGGAGUUAUUUGCUGGAUGAAUUUCACAAGACUAGUCAAUCACUGCAAGACCCCCAAAUUAGUCUAGAUGUAUGUAGGAAAUCGUAUGCUUCACUUUCGGAUUUUGUUAAAGGUUCCAGGGAUAUGUUCGAUCAUUUUGAAGAAAAAGCAAAGGAAAAUUUGCCUGAUGUUGAUUACAAGAAAAGCAGUUAUAGAAGAAGGCAUAUCAAUAAUGAUGAAGAUGAUGCUUUAGAGAACCUUGGGCCAAGAGACAAGUUCAGAAUUAAAACAUUUAUACCUGUGAUGGACGCAUUAGAGUCAAGUCUGGCACAGAGGGCCUCAAUAUACAAUGAUGCUGCCAAAAAUUUUUCAUUCCUAACAAAAUUAGAAGCUACAGAAGAAGAGAUUCGUGAAGGAGUUAGUGCUUUAUGCCAAACAUAUCCUGAAGAUGUGGACAUGAAUCUUGUAGGAGAAGUCAAGCAUUUUCACCAAUAUGUUAGACAUAGUCAAGCCCAUGGUUCAGCGGAACAUGAUAGUCUGACACAUCAGGAUCUGUAUAGGGUAAUAUUUACCGAUCGUGUCCAAACAGCAUUCCCUAAUGUAGAAGCAAUUUUGAGAUUGUUUCUAUGUAUGAUGGUUGCAAAUUGCUCUGGAGAAAGAUCUUUUUCUCAGCUGAAGAGAAUAAAAAAUGAAUUUAGAACAACAAUGACACAAGAUAAAUUAUGUUCCCUCAGUCUCAUGUGCAUAGAAAGUGACAAACUACGCAGUUUAUCAUUUGAUGAUGUCAUCAGUGACGUUGCUCUGGCAAAGGCAAGAAAGAAAGUAUUUUAG